AUGUCUUCUUCAAGAGGUCGAGGCCCUAGUCAGAGGAGUCCUCAUGUCCUGGUGACCGACUCCCGAGAACAACAUUCGUCCGGACAACCCCGGCGCCGCCGUUCCCCAGCUACCACCCGUUUCAUCACGGUCGAUAACGUCCUUCAAUAUGCCUCCGAUAUCCCCUCAAUGCAACAGCGAAAUCCACCUGAUGCGGCACGGCUACGACCACGUUCCCGUCUUGCAUCAGCAGCAGGCGGACUGAUCGGCUCGGGCGCAGGCGCAAGUCGAAGUGCCGCCAGCGGCGCCAAUGCAUCUACUGCAGCGGCCGCAAUCGGACGUCUAGCGGCGCAACCGCAUCUCCCACCUCGCACGACGAAGGUUAGCGAGAAGCUCGUGCUGUUACCUGAGGAAGGAGUGGAGCCACAGCCUGAAGAUGAGGAAGACGAAGAUGAAGAACAUGAGUUCGGCGAUGAGACGGUCGAUGAGGAAUUGGUGCAACGAAUCGCGCAGGAGAAGAAUAUUGACCCCGACUCAGUGAGGCAUACGCUCUUAGCGCAGAAAAAGAGGCUUAGUGGUGAUUUUGGUGUCGACAACGACCUCGCGCCGCUACUGGCGGAGGAGGACCGGAUGCGCAAGCGGGCGGUUGGGCCAGAGAGAGCGAAGAGUUAUGCAGAACGACUACCCAAAGCCCGUCGUGCGGAAAAGUUGGCUCGUGUCACGGCUUACUGUACCGCGCAGGCUUAUAAGAUGAGUUCUCUUUCAUCGUUUGUGAAAGAUAGGCAUGGCGGGAGGACGAAGCUAUACGAUGAUUGUCUAUAUACGGCCUACCAUCUUCCGCUGUUGCCCGGACACGGGGGAUACAGAGUGCGGAGUAGUCCGGUUCUGAAGAAGCCUGGGGGAAAGUCGUUAUUGGAUGAGGAGAUUGAACGAAACGAGCUGCGAGAUCACGACGAAGACUAUAUCGAAUCGGAAGAGCACUCCGUUUUUGAAGGGCAAUCGAACGAACAUGAGGCUCGAGAGCAGAAUGGACACCUAACUUCUAAUAAUGGCACUACGAGCGAUGGCCACCCUCGAUUGUUAUCCCCUGGGUCCACGCCUACAAGACUCCCAUAUGACGUCGCCGAGAUGUUUGUAUUCAGCUACGGCGUUGUCGUCUUCUGGAACUUCACGGCGAAACAAGAAAAGGAUAUCUUGGCAGAUCUAGCAUUCGCAACGUCCUCCGCAACCGGGUCCCCCAUAACCCUCGCAACACUGCCGCUCCAGGAAGAAGACUUUGAGACAGAAGAAUUCCACUUUGAGUACAAUACGGAAAUCUCCCGCCCGCGCGUCUACAACGAUAUGAUUACCCUCCGGAGUGGCGAUCAUAUGAUAAAGCUAUCCAUAAGUCACGGUAUAGCCCAAAGCACCAAACUAUGUUUCUUUGAGGAGGUCAUGGCCCGCCAAAUGGCCGAGGCAAAGGAUGUUCCGCGCCGUCUUGCUAUGACGGGCAAACUAGGUCUGAAACGAGAAGAAGUGUUCCGCAUUCUAGGCAAGCUAUUCAAGAGUCGAGUGGAGGUUAAUCUCUCCUCGAAUGUCCUCGACGUCCCCAACUUCUUUUGGGAAAGCGAGCCAACGCUCUACCCACUUUACAUCGCCGUCCGCGAAUACCUCGAAAUCAAGCCGCGCAUCCAGGUCCUCAACGAAAGGUGCCGAGUCUUCCUCGACCUCGCCGAAAUUCUUUCAGACGGUAUCGCAGAUAGCAAGACUUCCCAUCAAACAUGGAUCAUCAUUGUCCUAAUCGUCAUCUCCAUCCUCGUCACAACCUCAGAGGUCUUCCUCCGCUUUGGCCUCCUCAACGCAGGGAAAGGCACCUCGGCGGUCGGGUUCGGCGCCGCCCUUGUCGGCAGAGCCCUGCGCGGCUCUUCCUCUGCCCAGACCUGUGCUUGCCCGGAUAUCGCCGGCUCAGGGUCAAAUUUCUCGGGACUAGGUGCUUAUUCGUAG